AUGGUCUACAUCCGACAGCGCAACCUCCCAAAGUUGCGCGAGUACAAGUACGCCGGCGUCGAUAAAUCCUUAGUAUCCAAGUAUAUCCUCAAGCCAUUCUACACCAAUGUCGCCAUCAAAUGCUUCCCAAUGUCUAUGGCGCCGAAUCUUAUCACCCUCACCGGCUUUAGUUUUGUGGUUGUCAAUGUCUUGACCAUGCUUUGGUACAAUCCUAGCCUCGACACCGACUGUCCUCCGUGGGUCUAUUUGUCUUGGGCUAUCGGCCUCUUCCUUUACCAGACCUUCGAUGCCGUGGAUGGAUCGCAGGCACGGAGGACACAUCAAAGCGGACCUCUGGGAGAGCUCUUCGACCACGGAGUCGACGCUUGUAAUACCGGCCUCGAAGUCCUCCUUUUCGCAGCUGCGAUGAACCUGGGCCAGUCUUGGAAGACAGUCCUUACACUCUUUGGCACAGUCUUCACCUUCUACAUCCAGACCUGGGAUGAGUACCAUACCCACACUUUGACCUUGGGGAUCAUUUCUGGGCCAGUGGAAGGGGUGCUUACUUUGGUUGUGGUCUACUUCCUCACAUAUUUGAAGGGAGGGGCAAGUUACUGGCAGCAACCUAUGCUUCCAAGUCUUGGCAUUCCGAAGUACGGCCUUGUCCCAGACAAUCUGUACCAGCUAGCAUGGAACGAGUGGUAUAUGGUGUACGGGGGCGUGGUCCUGGUGUUUAAUACCAUCAGCAGUGCUCGGACUGUGAUCAACGUCCGACGAGAAAGGGGCCAGGAUCCGUACAAAGCCUUGCUAGGGUUAUUGCCUAUCACCGUCACCUGGACUCUGAUACCGGUAUACCUAUGGUUGAACCCGGUGAUCCUGCAUCAUCAUCUCAUCCCAUUCGUCCUAUUCGCCAGCAUGGUCAACGCUUAUUCCGUGGGACAAAUGAUUGUUGCACACCUGGUCAAGGACAAAUUCCCCUAUCAAAAUGUGCUCAUCAUUCCACUUGCCUGGGCUGUUGUCGACAGCCUAGGCCCAAAGUUGGGGCUGUGGCCAAGUGCUCUAGGAGAUGACAUCUACCAGGUGGCGUUCAUCUUUCUCGCCCUGGGCCUCGCCCUAGGCGUGUACGGAAGCUUCGUUCACGAUGUCAUCACCACCAUUUGUGAUUACUUGGAUAUCUGGUGUUUGACUAUCAAGCAUCCUUAUGUGGAAGGCAAGGUGAAUGCCGAGGUCAGUCACGACACCGUCAGACAUCCAUGGGUGGAAGGAAAUCAGAACGGAGAGGCCAAGAAGUCUCAGUGA